AUGACUGAAGUACAUAUAUUAAAAGUUGAUACAACAUUUCAAGCUAAUAAAGCAUAUAUUCCAAGAAGACACUUUGCUAUAGUUACAAGCACUACAAAAUUAGUAUUACAAGGUGCAUAG